AUGGUCGCUGACACGCAAUCCUUGCCCAACGAAACGGCGCCGCUGUUGUCGCCGACUCCGAACUCCGAACCACCCACCAACAACAGCAGCAGCAGCAACAACAACAACAACAAUGGGCGGAAGAAAUUGCUAAUUCUCGUCGCCUGCGGCAUUUUCAUUCUUGCGGCCGAUUUUGGCUUUUUUCUGUCGCAAGCGCCGCAGACAGCUAUCUUUGAACGGAUCAUUUGUCGCAAUUAUCUCCUCAAUUCGCGCGAUGACAUGAAUGCGAGCCUGCUCAACUCUCCCUCAGAGGAUCCGUGUAAAUCCGAACUCGUACAGGGAGAGCUCGCCCUCAUCAACGGGUACAAAGAAACAUUUGAUGUCCUGCCCAGUAUCCUCUUGUCGCUCCCUUACGGUGUGUUGGCCGACCACUGGGGUCGCAAGCCCGUGCUGUAUCUCGGGGUCGUGGGGAUCAUCCUAGGGGAGUUUUGGGUCCGGUUGGUCGCCGCAUGGUCAACUGUACUACCACUGCGCAUGGUUUGGAUGACGGCCCUUUUUCGCAUCAUUGGCGGCGGUGACCAAGUAAUUACCUCCAUGGCCAUCGCGAUGGUGGCGGAUGUCUUUUCCGAGGAGGAGAGAUCAACUGCGAUCUUUCGCCUCUCGUCCUGUGUUCUGAUCGCAGAGAUUUUGGCCACACCUUUCAGUGCCUAUCUGAUGACCUUUGAUAUAUGGUACCCUUAUAUUCUUGGGCUCGUUGUAGUCGUAGUAGGCACUUUGCCAGCUAUUUUCAUCCCAGAGACCCUCGCAGACGCCAAAGCAAAAAUGAAAAAUCACGCAGAUGAAGCUCCACUGGCGUCAAUUGAAGGCAUGGAGCCACCAAGCAAGCAACCAAUGUGGCAGGAAAUUAUCCACCAGGCCCGCGAGUUCAAGAAAUCCACCCGAUUCAUUUGGAGAGAUGGCAAUAUUUGCCUCCUAGUUAUAAUCGCUGGGGUCGGCUUCAUGAGUCGACAGUCGACGGGUUUACUGAUGCAAUACGCGUCCAAGAAGUUCAACUGGAGCAUUGGCAAGGCCAGCCUCCUCAUCUCGCUCCGUGGGAUAUUUAGUUUGUCAAACUAUCUCGUUCUCAUGCCCGCAUUCAACUCCAUCGCCGGCAGAUUCUUUAACCUGCAUGGCAAGUAUCGAGACUAUCGUCUCACUCAAGUGACCAGUGUGUUUACCGCGGUCGGAUUUGGCAUCAUGGCCUUCGCGCCGGUCCCAGGCAUCUUAAUCUGGGGUCUACUAUUCCUCUCUAUUGGAUUGGGUUUCCUGGUCACUACACGUUCUCUUGUCACUGCUCUCGUCCUACCCAACCAUAUUGGAACACUUUAUUCGGCCCUUGCGAUCUCACAGGCACUGGGAGGCCUCAUCGCAGGUCCCCUUUUCGCUUAUCUGUUCCGACUUGGAAUGCAUCUCGGCAAUGCUUGGAUGGGUCUACCGUGGCUUCAAGCCUCUGUCAUUUUCAUUCUGGUUUCCAUCGUGUCCUGGUAUAUUCGAGUGCGCGAUCCUGUAUCGCAUGAUGAGGAAGAGCCACACCUUGCGGAAUGA